UUAAAGGGAAAACACUGGUUAAAUGAGUUUAUUGACCAAUACCACUACCAGUUCAAAUAAACGGAAAAUGACGACAAUAUCAAUGUUAUUGCCAAUGUUAGACUGCCUGGUACAAAGUAACUGGUAGAGGCUGACAAUGCAAUGUACUGUUAGACACAUAACUACCAGUAGAAAACCAACAUGGGAUCGAUGGAGUGGUACUUGCACCACUAGAAUGGUACUAGUAAUCUAGUACCACUGCACUGGUACCUAUACGGAUGGAAUGGUAUUUGUAUCACUGCACUGGACUGGUACUAAUACUUGUACCGCUGCACUGGUACUUGUAUUACUAGUUUGGUGAUUGUAUCACUUGACUCAAAUCAUGGAGAACCCUAAAUUCAUAGACCCAAAUCACUAAUACACAGAAAACCUAAAAUACCACUACCAAUCGAGACAAUACCACUCCAAUCUAAAAUACACACCACAAGCAGAACGUUGCAAACCUAGCCGACAAUGGGAAAUAAGACACAACAGAGGGAGGACAACGGAUGGGAGCUCUGCGAUGAACUGAGAAGCAAAGAAAACCCGGUCAGAUGGAGGACAACAAAUAAGUAGAGUCGCUGCAUAAUGAAGAUGACGGAGAACGAACAGGGGAACGAAAGAGAAGACGAAGCGGAAAUCAAAUGGAAAGAAGAAGGGAAUACGUAGGGAUUUCAUAUACCUUAAGUUUUGAUGCACACGUAGAUUCACCAAGACAGAAGGGGGGACGAUGUCAGAAGGGAAUCUCCAGCAAAGGAUUUGAUCGAAGAUGAACAAGAACCAGUUUAGAACCGGUGGAGAUGUACAGAGGUUUUUUUUGGGAGACAAACGGGUUGGGAAAGAAAGGAAAGACAAUUAUUUCUCUCUCAAAAAAUUAUUUCCUUUUUGAAACAUCAUUUAUGUAGGGUGAUGAGAGAGGGGGUGUGAGAUCUAGUGUGGCUGGUACUAAAAUCGCCGCUGAGGAAUCUAGACCGCUGGAUUGAGAGGAAGCGGAAUGGAGGGCUCUGGGAAGUGAAACUCACAACCCUCUUAGGGGUUGUGACGCUAUCCAAUCCCAAAAAAAAAAACAAUACUUUAUUAUUUUUUUUAUCCUAUCUAUCAUAUAAUCCAAAAGCCUUGGGCAAAGGGUCAGUCACUACUCACUAGACCCACUACCACGCCUCCUUGGCCAAUAAGACAGAAAAAAAUUUCGUUAAAAUCCUUUCUGCCAAAUAAAUAAAUGCCCUCUCGAUUAAUCGACGGUCCAAACCUUCUCCUUCUCUUCAUCUGACGGCUAAUAUCGCUCAACAUCGAAACAAAUUCGAUAAAUAAAUAAUAAUUCUCGACCGUUUAAAAAGAAAAAAGGUCCGAUAUUAGGUCUCCCCGGCUAGCUAUAUAAGAUCCCAAACCAACCGAGCCAAAGCAUUCCCACUGCUCCGAGCUCCACUCACACGAAGAAACACUCUCCUCUCCAUUGCCCUGUGAGCUGUGAUCCUUUUUCUGGGUUUUUGAAGGUUUGAUUUCUUAGCUCGCGAGAUCAACCAUGGUGAAAGGUCCGGGACUCUACUCCGAAAUCGGAAAGAAGACACUAGAUCUGUUGUACAAGGAUCAUCACGGCGACCAGAAGUUCAGUGUCGCCACCGUCUCUCCCACCGGAGUUGCGGUUACCUGUUCUGCAACGAAGAAAGGAGAGCUGUUUUUUGCUGAUGUCAAUACUCAGCUGAAGAACAAGAAUGUGACAACUGAUAUCAAAGUGGACACUGGAUCCAACCUUCAUACCACUAUUACUGUUGAUGAACCUGCUCCUGGGCUGAAGGCAAUCUUUAGCUUCAAAGUUCCAGAUCCAAGGUCUGGAAAGAUGGAGCUUCAGUACAAGCAUGAGUAUGCUGCUGUAACUUCAAGCAUUGGCUUGACAGCAAACCCUAUUGUCAACUUCUCUGGUGUUGUUGGAAGUGAUGCCUUGGGCCUGGGUGCGGAUGUUUCCUUUGAUACCAAGACUGGAAAUUUCACUAAGUGCAAUGCAGCAUUGACCUAUGUCAAUGCUGAUCUUGUUGGUGCUCUGAGUUUGAACAACAAGGGUGAUUCUCUGGUUGCUUCCUACUACCACUCCGUGAACACUUUCACUGCUAUUGGUGCUGAGGUGGCCCACAGCUUCUCUUCCAAUAAGAACAGCAUCACCGUCGGCACCCAGCACGCUUGGGACCCGUUGACAUCAGUGAAGCUCCGCUUGAACAACAGUGGCAGGGCAAAUGCUCUGAUCCAGCACGAGUGGCGGCCAAAAUCCUUCUUCACUGUCACUGGAGAGGUGGAAUCCAAGAACAUUGAAAAGAGUGCCAAGGUGGGAUUUUCUCUUGCUCUCAAGCCAUGAGCAAGCAUUACAGGCCCGUUUUUGCUGGAAGGGAAAGCCUUUUUAAUUUUGGGAUUCUGCAGUAUAGUUUCACUUCUCGGUUUAGCUUUUGAUGACUAUUUUGCUCUUAGAGCUCGGUUGUUGACUUAUUCGGAAGGGUUCUUGUGAUGCCUUUAUUUCCAUGUUCGUCAAUGUGCAAAUAAAACUAACGUUCUUUCAAAUUAAUUCUGGAGUGUAUGUUAGUUGCACACAGACUCAAACAAGAGGUCGAGCAAAAGCCUUUUUCUUUGCGGAUUUGACACCCAAAGUCAUUAAUUCAAACACCUUAAAGCAAAGCAAACUACAGAAACCAGCUAAAAAGAAAUAGUUGCUAUUACCAUUGGGUGUUGGGGGUGGGAGGGGCGCUGAAGUUAUUGCCUUGCACACUCUUCCAUCAUUGA